AUGGCAUCACCCAGUCCUGCCAAAUCAGCAUGUUACGGAUACCGAAAUAGUAGCAGGCACAUUAAACAGCCUAACAAAUAUUGUGACUUUGGUAUCUCCGUGCUUGAACCUCAGAAGCUUGAUUCCAGCCGUCCACUUAGUGUGCGAGGCUGUUACCGGGAACCGACAAUUGAAGUGGACCCUCACCGGGGAAGAGGAACCUAUCGCCCACCGGAAGCUAUUAACCGAAUAGGAUCAAGGGCCAUGACCAACAAGAUAGGUCGGCGAAGUGAUAUCUGGGCCUAUGGAUGCAUUUUCACUGAAGUACUUGCCUGGGCGAUCGGACGACGCGAAGGUGUUGAAUACUUAGCUCGGGAAAGGCAAAUAGGGAUAACUAAAGACCUUUACUGGGAUGAACACUUUGGUCAAAGCUUGUCGCCUCAAGCGACAGGUUUCAAAGUACGAGAUUCGGUUGUCCGAUGGCUUGACCACAUUCAAACUUCUCCUGAGAAAGUAGUAGGUGAAUGGGUCAAGACAAUCAAAGACAUCCUCAUCAUCGACAAGGAGAGCAGGCCCAAAGCGCAGAAGCUUGUUACAUAUGUUACGAGUGUGUACAAAUCAUUCGAUGUAUUUACUAUUGCCCAUAUCAACCAUUCGCCCAGAGUCCGGGGUCCAAUACAGCAACCGGACUUGUCGGGACAAAAUGGAAUGUCUUAUCCAACCCAGAUGAUAAGCUAUGUCGGAUGGGACCAGCCUCUCAGAGGGACAAUCAUGGCAAGCCCACUCUCCAACCUUCAGAGUCUUUUUUUAAACGGCAGAUUCAACCCCCUUCGGCUCAAUGUUUCUCGUCUGACUGAAAUACCCAACCCAAGCCAAGGUCCAGAGCCAAGUGGCCUAAUGGAGAAGCUACGCCCAGUACAGACCAUUCGAUAUCUUCUAAUGACGACAACGCACGUGCAGCACGUGCCGCAUGAUGAUUUUCUCUUAAACCUACGUAAUCACACGGUCGUCCAGCUCCUGUUGCGAUAUUGGCGGGUUGAAGUCAACAGGGACAACUACGACGACCAUACAGCACUGGCUCAAGCCGCAAUAGCAGGCUGCCCGGCAGUAGUCAAGCUGCUGCUGAAAGUGGAAGAUAUUGAGCCAGAUUGGCCUGGUGCCGAUCUGUGUCCACCACUGGCGUGUGCGGCGAAGGCUGGCCAUCUGGAAGUUGUAAAGGCGUUACUGCAAGGGGAAACGCGGGCAGAUGUGAGACUUGGAGAUUGGGACGGUGUGUCACUGUUGAUGUGGGCGGUGCGGCACGGAGUCUGCCAUGUGGUGGAGUUCUUGCUCGAUCAUGAUGAUAUGGAUGUGGCGCCCCAGGAUAGCUAUGGUCGGACAGCGCGCAUGUGGGCGGAAGAGUGUGGGAAUCAGGAAAUUGUGCGAUUGUUCCAUUCCCGUGAAAUAAAAUGA